CUGUCCUGAUCUCUCACCCACAUGCGGCCCAACUAUGUUUUAGAGAGAGAAAGACAAAAGGAUUCUGAAGAAGCAACAAAAUGGGUUUUGGUUUUUUAGAUGAAAAAAGGAAGAGAACUGUUGAUGUUUUUUGAGGUUUUUGAGGACGAAAAGAAAGUGUUUUUAGGAAGAAAAAGAGACUUGGUAGAGGUUUUCGAGGUGGAAGAGAGGGAAAGAAAGAGAAAGAAAGAAGAACACAGCUUUGCUCUAUGUCAUGCAAGAAGAAACGGAAACCCAUUUCGUUUUUAUUUAGUAUUGAUGGAACUUUGGAAGGAAAAAACAGAGAGAUUACAGUCAAACAUGAAGAAGAUGAAAAUCCCAGUUGUUUGACAGAACUUUUGAGGCUAAAGGAGCUGUUUUUCUCCUUAAGAAGAGAUGCUUGAAGCGGUUUGAGAGGAAAAAGACUUUCGACUUCUUUUAAAGUUCCAAAGAGGGGAAAACCUGAUUGGAUUUUAGUCUUCUGGGAGGGAAGAAGUAACUCAGAAGAGAAGAAAACAAGAGGAUGGGUUGCUGUUAUUCAAGAGAAGAGAGAGAAGAGAUAGUUUCGCGUUGUAAGGCUCGAAGAAGAUACAUGAAGGAGCUUGUAAGGGCUCGUCAGGCCUUCUCCGUAGCACACAGCAUGUAUCUUCGGUCCCUCCGGGGCACAGGUUCGGCUCUCCUCCAAUUUGCUACAGCUGAAACCAAUCUCCACAAAAACCAACACCAUUUCCAGAACCGUCUCCCUCCUCUCCCUUCACCACCUCUCCCACUGCCAACUCCGCUGCCGGUUCCUCCUCCUCCGAUGAGCCCCAGCUCCGACAACUGGACAUCCGUCUCCGCAUCCCCUGCUCUCCCUCCUCCGCCUCCACCGCCACCGCCACCCUCAUCAAGCUGGGAUUUCUGGGACCCAUUUGCUCCUUCGUCGUCGAGGUCUGUCACCGAAGAGGAAUGGGAAGCGACCACCGUCACCACCGGAUCCGAAGUCGUCACUGCUGCGGUUGCGGCCAGUGUUGCUGCUCCGCCUUCUGUUGUCAGUGGGUAUUCCAAGGAUUCCACAAGCGAGCUCGCAAUGGUGGUUUCAGGGAAUAGUAAAGAUCUAGUUGAGAUUAUCAAGGAGCUUGAUGAGUAUUUUCUUAAGGCUGCGGAUGCAGGGUCCCAUGUCUCAUUGCUCUUAGAAGCUUCAAAUUUUGGUCUUUGUACACAGAAGACAACUGGUAAGGUCUAUAACUGUGGAAAGAGUCUGAGUCCUUUGUGGUCGUGGGGUUCAAAUUCAAAAUCAAGCGGUUUGGGUAGGUUGGAAGAUGAUGUGGUUGGGGUUAACGGUAGUGGUGGAGCUCUUCCCACUAUCAGUCACUCUUCCACCGUGGAGCGACUCUACGCCUGGGAGAAAAAACUGUUCGAGGAGGUCAAGUACGCUGAGAGUAUGAAGAUAGAGCACAAGAAGCGGGUGGCCCAGCUGAGGAAGCAAGAGGUGAAUGGGGCUGACUAUUUGAAGACAGAGAAGAACAAGAAAGAGAUUGAAAAAUUGGAGUCUAGAAUGGUUGUAGCUACUCAGUCCAUAGAGACUACAGCGGCUGAAAUCAUAAGAUUGAGGGAGUCAGAUCUCUAUCCGCAACUCAUCCAACUUGUGAAUGGAUUAAUGUUCAUGUGGAGGAGCAUGUAUGAGUGCCACCAGGUCCAAACACACAUUGUGGAGCAGCUCAAGUUCCUCAAUACUACCAUAGCAACUACAGAUCCCACCUCAGAGAUUCAUCGGCAAUCAACUCUUCAGGUGGAGCUUGAGGUCCAGCAGUGGCACCUAGCCUUCUGCAACCUUGUCCAGUCCCAACGAGAUUACAUCCACUCCCUCACAGGGUGGCUCCGUCUUAGUCUAUUCCAAUUCAGCCAUGAUCCACUGACCAAUCCCAAACAGAACUCAGGGAUCUACUCUCUCUGUGAAGAGUGGCAGCUAGCCGUGGAUAGGAUUCCAGACAAAGUGGCUUCUGAGGGAAUCAAAAGUCUCCUAACUGUAAUUCAUGCUGUUGUAGUUAAACAGGCUGAAGAACAGAAGCAGAAAAAAAAAUCGGAGGCUGCAUUCAAGGAGCUUGAGAAGAAAGUGGUUGAACUUGGGUCAUUGGAGUGUAAGUAUGGCCCAUUUUCAAUGCUUGAACAUGAAACUCAUGGUAGACAUCGGGAUCCAGUGGCGGAGAAGCGAGCAAAGGUGGAGAUGCUGAGAACAAAGGCAGAAGAGGAGAAGACUAAGUAUGAGAAGUUGGUCAGUGUGACAAGGGCAAUGACACUGAACAACUUGCAAAUGGGGUUACCAAAUGUGUUUGGGGCAAUAACUGGUUUCUCCAAUGUGUGUAUACAUGCUUUUGAGUCUGUGUCCAACCCACCAAAGACUAAUGAGCCGGGCAGUGACUUGAAGAUGAUAUUACCUUGAGAAAGGAAAAGGGUCCUAUGAUCUCUGGUUAAUCAUAUUGUUGACUGAAUGGGACUGUGUGUGUAUAGCUGGGGUGGAAGUGGAACCAAGAUAGUGGGAUACUAACAUCAUCAUGUGGCAUUUGGCAACUGACUGGGAUGAAAGGAGGUUUACUCUUAGAUUAGUUUGAUAGAGUGAAGUUGUUUGAGUGGGUUUGAGUUGUAAUUAAGGGCUCUAGAUGGAGAAGUUUUGUGUUUGGUUUUUAUAAGUAAAUAGCUAGCCUUUCCUCCAUUUUCUUGAUGUGGAUUUUAGAUUUCAAUGUCGGAUUUUGAGUGAGGUUUUCUCUUUCUGGA